AUGAGCGACAGAGGCAUGCUGCCCUGCUCCCUUUUUAACGAAAUUCGUCUGGAUGGGGCCCUUUGUGACGCAGUCGUCAGAGUUCAGCAUGUGGAGUUUAAUAUCCACAAAAUUCUUCUCUGUGGUUGUAGUAACUACUUUCGGUAAGUUCACUCUCUGAUUUCAAAUGUCACCUGGAAAAAGGAAUAUUUAAAACUAUACAAAAUUAACUUAAAAAGAGAACCAAUGAUGCACGUUUCCUGUCUGUCUGAGUACAGUCACAUGUCUGCUUUGGUAAAAGUUUUUGUGUAGAAAUAAAAAAGUUAACUUUUAUGAUGUUGACACAAAAUAAAAUUUUGGGGUGUGUUGAUUGGUUUGAAAAUAGUAAUUUCAAUGAUAUUACUCAUAAAGCUGAAUUUGACUCCAUGCUGGUGACCUAAUUCAAAAGCACAGCACUUUUAAUUAUUUAACACACAAAAGACCAUGCCUGAAAUUAAUUGUGGCAGCUGAUGAACUGUUUAGAAAAGACUUUGGGAAGCAAAACUAGAACUGCAUAUAUUUUUAGUCAAAAUUGUGGUUUUUUUUCAUUUAUAUUGUAAGUCAGGGUGUACAAAGAGCAAUGCGUAAAAUGAGCAUUUAAUUCAUUGUUUCUUUUUCAUAAGUUAUAGUUAAGUAAGUUGAUUUCUUACAUGCAUACUGCAAAAUAAAGUGAACUAUAAAGGGUAGUAUAGAGGUUGUACAUAAAAACACAGGGUUGCAUUGUAUCCUGAUACUCAGUGUGGGCUUCAGAGUACUUAUGUACUUUAGAUUGAUAUUUGCCCUGCAGUGUCAUGCAUUUGAAAACCCUCCAUGUUAUUUGGUCGGUUGUGUUUUUCAUCUGUUUUAAAAUGUCCCACAGAGCCCUCUUCACAAACUGGUCUGCCUCUGACCAAAGAGUGUUCGACAUACCUGGCCUUUCUCCUGAUAUGAUGCAGCUCAUUAUUGAGUUUGCCUACACUGGCUCAGUGUGUGUGACCAGUGACAAUGUCCAGGAGCUUUUGGUCGCUGCCGAUCAGUUCAACAUCAUGGAUAUUGUGAAGGCCUGCUGUGGCUUCCUGGAAAAAGAGCUUUCUCCAGAGAACUGCAUCGGCAUCUGGCAGCUCACCAAAAUCAUCCUCUGCUAUGGACUGCAGGAGAAGGCUUAUUGCUACAUCACUGAUCACUUUGAGGAGGUAGCUUCCCACGAGGAGUUCCUGGAGCUGUCUCUGCAGGAGCUUGCAGACUUCCUGGAGAAAGACGAACUCAAUGUAAAAAAUGAGAAGACCACGUUUGAGUUUGUUGUUCACUGGAUCAACCACAGACGGGGAGAACGGGAAGAGCACAUCAGUGUACUUUUGUCAAAGGUAAGUAGGCCUUGGGGGGUUCCCAUAACCACACGGAAUGAAAAAACUACUACCAUUGCAUUUUGGUGGUUGUAAUUAUGAGCAAAAGAAUUUGUUUUUGAGGGAAAAACUGAACAAAUGAUGGAUCAUAAUUAUGCAUCACAAGGGCUUCUUGUCCUUGAAAGCCACCAUCACUUCACCAAUGGACGGGGUGAGCAAGGGAGCAUUUAAAUCCAGAAUCUGAUGGCUAGGUACCAUUAAAGACUAAACACUGUACCCAGGCCCGGAUUAAACCUUCUAUAUAGCAAGCAUUAUAAAUAAAAGUGCAAGGCAUGAUAUGAAGGCCUGUUAUGGUUAUACAAUUUGUUUUGUUUAAAGGAUUGCUACACUGAGAUUUGAGAAUUUUAUUAUUUUAUAUUUGUUCUACAUUUGUCUGCAUUUGUGUUUUGAUCUUUCUUUUCAUAUUCUGUAGGGACUGAUAAAUGUCAGAGGUUUUGACACUGUGAUACUUGAAUAAAUGUUUUAUACCAUAUUUUGAAUUAAUUCAGACCUUUUGUGCAUUUAUUUUUGUCUUGUUACAUUUUUCCAUUAUUCCAAUUUUGGGAAUUUGACUGACUUUCAGCCAUUUAUGGCCAUGAUGUGCUGUUUAUAUUUCAUUGCUUUUAUUACACAGUAGGUUGUGUCAUUUUUAUGUAUGAAACAUAAGCUUUUAGCUAAAUUUACUGUAUAUAUUUCAUUGUGCUGGGUGCAAAUCACUUGAGUUGAGACGUUUUCUUCAAGAAAUUUGCUACAUUUCAUAAUCUGAAUUCACUUAUGCAUAUACUAAGGCACCAAUAACUGUUUCAGAUGUUAGGUAGAUGUAUUUAUGACAUCUGAGAAAGAUUUUGUCUUGUCAGAAUCAACAUAGCAGUUUCUACAAGCAAAAACAGCAGCACCAUAUAAUCGUUUUUUGUGUUACUCACAUAUAUGUACAUUUCUGGCUGGUCUUUUGUCUCACCCUGUAGAGAAAGCCACUUUCUAAUACUAGUUCUGUAAGUUUCCCAACGUGGCCUUGUAAAGUGGAGAACGUCUUCACUCUGGACAGAUGAUAGAUGCAUAUAGCAUCGUUUUCGUUCCUUUUUGAUGCACUUUUGAAGGCUGUUUUCUUUUUUUCCUUUUAAUUUCUUCCUCUUCGUUUGUCUCGCUGCUAGAUGCGCUCGUCGCCAUGUUUGUGUAUUUCUGAUACUAUGGCAACGAGACUCGGCUCCUAUUGGUCCACGUGACAAAAAUCGCUUCACCCCUCUGCAUAUUCGAUUGCGCGUGUGCAAGUAUCACUGCGCCGCAGAAAGGAAAUAGUUCGACACCGAAACACUGAUUACUAAAAAUCGACGGGAUGGCAUGAGUAGAAAUUUUUUUUAGUACUCACUAUCAAUAUAGCUGUUUUAUGAAUCAUAGUUUAUGUUGCCCCACUGAAGUGAAACGAGAUUCACUUUCUAGGCACUUUUUCCUCUGUCCCAAUACAGCCUAAUCCUUUUUUUUUUUUUUUAUUAUUGAACAAGACAGACAGUACAACCAACGAGAGACACAUCACAACAAUAACGACAAAAACAGAAAACAAAACACAACCAUACAACAGCCAGAGGACUUACAGUUCAAUGGUACAGAAUUUCUUCAUUACGGAGUAAGUUUUGGUAGCUUUCUUGUUCGUAAUGUCCUUGAUCGUGGCAGCAUAACGGAGCAGUUCAUUUUUGAAGGGUGCAAUGUUUGGCUUGGAUUUGGCCCAUUUGUUUUUGUGAAUAUGGAAUUUCCCCAAGCUCAGCCUAAUCCUCCUCACACCGGGCGCAGCUCACCAGCGUCAUAGCGGCCUCUGCUCGGGCUGAGUGGCCCCCCAUAGCCAAACGCCCUGAGGCUUCAGCCUCACUAUGCCUCAUGGUUAAUCCGGCUCUGACUGUACCCUAAAAGUCCAGCAGGUAUUGUGGCAUUUUUACAGCAGUUAAAUUAGCCCAGAAACAAAUCUGCAGGUUUGUGGCAGCUCUACCCGGCCUCUAUCAUUCCCUGGCCUCGGAUUUCCUGAAUCAAGUCAGGACAGCCACAACCUUAUCUAACAUGGAGAAGGUGUUAGCACCUUUGAGACUCUGGGUACAUCUCAAGUUUCUUCUUUGAAGUUUUAGAGGCUGUCCCAGACCUGCCAAUUCGCAGACUAUCCCACAGCUCUUUUUUUUUUUAAAGAAAUCUCUUCCUGGUUUCUCUCCAGGCAUCCUUUAUGAAGAUAUACUUGCUUUUUUUACCUUUGCAUACACAACUGACUGCAUUAUGAACUUAACUGUGCACUAAUUGACACUUAGCAUUGCACUCAGCAUGUUAAAGCAGGAUAUGUUAGAGGGCACAGCAGAGCUCAGGUUGUAUGCAACUAUCAGAUUCAGGGAUGUAAGAAUGACAUAGCAGAAGUCACAGAGGAAGUCACUGUUAAUAUAUUUUUAAACAUAAAUUGAACCGAUCUCUUAUCCAGCUGUUUUGACUGGGAUGUUAGCGACACAUUGCGCAGAUUUGGAGACUUGAUAUUCAAGUCGCUCUGAAACAUGUCCUGUCACUGUUGUUCCUCCUGCUGUGUUGACUGUCACAUCUCUAUAUCUACACUGCUCCUCCUCAUUUAUGUGCAUACUUCCUCUCCAGCCUGAGUCCUGUAAUUUUUUUUAAGAAUGUGCAAAGUCGACAUGGUGAUCAGACACAGAAAUAAUGUCAGAUAUCGUAAACCAACUAUCAAACACAGCCACUGUGGCAGCCAUGGAUGUGGAACAAAUGAAAUCUGCUCCUGCAUCUGUAUUAGAAAGUGUUUCAUGCUGCAUAUAAAAUGGAAAACAUAUAGGUUCCUAAGUCAUGUGCACUCAAACAUCCAAAUCCAAGGUAAUGUGAGAUCAAUCCCUCAUCUUUUAGAAAUCACAUUUCAGUUGACAAUUUCUCAUUUUGUCUGUGUAGGUCCGUCUGUCUUUGACGAGUGAGGAGUACAUCAUCAGCUGUGUCAUGUCCAAUGAGCUAGUGAGAAACAACGCUCACUGCAUGCAGGAGCUUCGUGGCUUGGCACAAAUCACUGAGAGUGGACCCCCUGAUGUCUUUAACCCCUAUUCCUGCCCUCGCCUGCCUCCCGCCAUCCUGUUGGCUAUAGGGGGCUGGAGCGGUGGUGAUCCGACCAAUGGAAUCGAGGCGUACGAUGUCCGAGCCAACCACUGGCACAAUUUUACAGACAAUUCAGAGCAUCCUCGAGCCUAUCAUGGCAUAGCCUACCUCAAUGGAAGUGUCUACUGUGUCGGUGGAUUUGACCGGUUGGAGCAUUUCAACAGCGUUCGCCGGUUGGACUUGAGCACAUAUACCUGGCAUGAAGUAGCGCCGAUGUACUGCCGAAGGUGCUAUGUUACUGUUACUGUGCUGGACGGGUGGAUCUAUGCCUUAGGAGGGUUUGAUGGUCAUACACGACUCAAUACUGCUGAGCGUUACAGGCCAGAGACCAACCAGUGGAGUAUGAUUCCACCCAUGAAUGAGCGGAGGAGCGAUGCUGAUUGCACGACACUGAAUAACAAGGUGGGUGAGACAGAAGAGCACUGAUGAUUUGAUUUGCUGUAUCUACUUAAAAAAAGAUUUGAUUCAGUCAAACUUGCAGCACUUUAAGAAGGACAGGUGUAAGGAAACUGAAUGAGGUCAAAAUCCCUGAUUAGUUUUUUGACCUUUCAAAUGUGUGUUUAAAGCCCCCUGUGAGGAUUUUUCAGCUGGUGAUAAAAACAGACUGAAAUUUUGGUGUCUCUCUAUAACCUACAAAUGCAAACUAAACCAUCAGGGGAAAAAGCUGAUGAUUUAUUUGUUCUCAUAAUUAAUGCCUGAUACCAGUGAUGCAGGUUAGGACAAGACAAGGUCUCAUCUGUGUUGUGCUCAUUAAGUUUGGUUUGUGUGUGUCUUGAUAGUGGGAACAAAGUUAUCUAAAAAAGGAAAAACUAUCCUGUUCUUCCCAGGUUUACAUAUGUGGAGGCUUCAAUGGGCUGGACUGCCUGCAAACAUGUGAAAACUACUGCCCAGAAACUAACCAGUGGACGGUGAUCAGCCCCAUGAACAACCCGCGCAGUGGGAUUGGCGUCGCGGCAUACUCAGGCUACAUUUAUGCUGUAAGUCCAUUCAGUCACUGAUAGUUUGUUCAAAAGCAAUAAAACAAACUAGAUGUUAAAAUCAACAAACUGACAUAGGUUUUCCCAGCUGCUUUGUCAUUUAUAAGUACUAAAUAGUUAUUUUGGUAACACUUUACAAUAACCAUAAUUUAUAAAUGGUAAAUAGAUAGUCUAUUAAUGUUUUAUCAUCAUUUAGAAACAGCAUAUAGACCAAUUAUAAAUGGCAAAUAGAUAGUUUAUUAAUAUAAGUUAUAUAGUUACUUUAUCAUUGACAAACGGUGAAAUUAUGAUUAAGAAUUUUCAUUACUUAUUGAUAGACUAUUUAUUACAGGUUUAUAUAGGGUUUAAAUAUUGGUUGUAAAACAUCUAGAUUAAAAUGUGUGUCAGUAGCACUUUGUAAAUGGUUAAUAUUUGGUUUAAAACCAAAUAUAAACAUUACUUAGACGGUUAUUAUAGAGGUGGAACUGAUGUUUGUAAUACUUUGUAAAUGAUGAAUAAGUGGUUUUUAAACCACCUAUAAACAUGACUUAGAUGGUUAUUGUAAAGUCAGGGUUAGGGUUAGGGUUAGGAUUUUAAAAAUGUAAAAUUUACAAUUUAUUAAUGGUCUAUAUGCUAUUUAUAAAUGAUGAUAAAACAUUAAUAAACUAUCUGCUCACUAUAUAAAUGGUCUAUUUACCAUUUAUACGUUAUGGUUAUUGUUAAGUGUUACCGUUGUAUUUCUUCAGAUUUAGAAACUAUAAUUGUGAAAUGUGGGGAAAUCGGGUUCAGUCCAGUUUCACUGAUUCUCCAACUUUACCGCUUUAGGUUGGUGGCUUUGAUGGCAAUGCCCGUCUGCGCAGUGCAGAGGCUUACAACCCCCAGACCAACGCCUGGAACGAAAUACCCUCCAUGCAAAACCCUCGCAGCAACUUUGGAAUUGAAGUGCUCGAUGAUUGCCUCUUUGUUGUUGGGGGCUUCAACGGUUUCACCACCACAUUUAACGUCGAAUACUACGACGCCAUAAACAGUACUUGGACUGAGGCUGCCGACAUGGAGAUUUUCCGCAGUGCUGUCAGCUGCUGCGUGGUGUCCGGGGUCAACAGGGACAGAUUCAUUAUCCCUCGAGACAACCUGCUACAUGCCGUGGAGACUGAGUUUGCCGACUCAGGAGAGUCCUCCUAACACCAGGCUGUAGUGCAGGCCUGCCCUGUACCACCACCAAGGGCUUGGACCUCUAACCCCAAAAUUUUAAAUAAACUUCUUUGAGCAUUACACCAUGGUUGCUUUGAUCAUUUUCAAACAUUUUAGCAUGUUUAAGGAAUAUGUUUCCUUUUAAAAGGUCAAUGUGUCCAAAAUGCAAACACAAGAUUCAAUCCAAAUUGCACGAUUGCAUUAAUAUCUUCUCUGAACAGCCCUGUAAAUAGGUUCAAGUAGCUUAAUGAAAUCUGUUUGAUUACAUUCAUUUUCAUCCACCGCCUCUUUGUUUAGUUAUUACAAACGGCUCCGCAGAUACUGUGUAAUCAGAAGUGUCUGUAUUUAGCAGCCUUUCAUCAAAAUAAUGCUCUCUCCUACCGUUCGCUUUGCUAUUAUUACAGCAAAAUGUUGUAAACUUGGCUCAGAUUUCUCUUGGAUGAGAUCUUUACUCAGAGAAACAAAAGGCUAACAAGCUAAUUAGAUCUUGGGCUACCUGCUGAGUUUGCCCCUGAGGAAAGCAGUCGUUUGAUACAAGGAAGCAAGAGCAGACAUUUAGGCCAGGGAUACGUGUUUGCUCUGUUUCCAGGAGAACAUAAAUGUCUCUGAGGCAUCCAAAUAUCAAUCCAUUUCAGCACAUGUGCGAGUAUAUUUUACUUUCUGCUGAUGAUUUUUCUUGAGAUCUCUUGUAAAUAAUAAAUUUGGCUGGGCUUCUUUUGAAACUCAAAGGUUUGAAACUAUUUUUCUUAUGUUGAUGUUAAAAAUAGUGUUUAAAUUAUCUAUUUGGUUAGAUCUCGCUAGUUACAUUUAUAAUAUUAGACAUAAUAGUGGAUAAUAAAACAUAAAUCUACUUAAAGCUUAGGCUGAAAUUUAUAUUGAUGCCUUGUAUGAUGUACAAACGCAAACAGGACAAUCAGGGACAAGAUUAACAAUUUUUGUAUUGCAAUUUUUAAUGCCAUAAACUAGUACGGGGGGGAGGUGUUGGUUGAGCAGCUAAAGAAACAGCUCUGUUUUUAAAAUUUCACACAAAUCAAUAACAACAUGUUGUGCAUUUGAGUGUCAAAAGUAAAAUAGAUGAGCUCUAGUUAAGCAUAAGGAGGAGAAGAUAAACAAAGACUGCUUUGUCCGCAGGGGACGCCAAAACUGACAUCUUUCAGAGGGGCUUCGCCAGUUUUAGAGUCACCAAAAUAGUGGUGCUUUAUUUGUAAUGGUGGUUACAUGUACCCUAAAAAAUGUCCAUCCGACAAAAUAGCAUAGGGUUUAAAUUAAUGUUUUCUUUUUCUAACUAUCAAAAAGCAGGGUCUUCUUUCAUAAUAUCAAAUUUCCCCCUAUCCUGACUUAUCUUAUAACCCAGCAACUAGUAGGGGAGAGUGGGGUAAGAUGAGCCAUUUUUCAUAGUUCGGAUCACUACAUCCAGGCAAUCAUAGUUUUGUCUCUAACUAGUUUAUCUGCAUAUAUUUCAAGAUGUUGGUCAUCCCUGCAAACCAACUAUGGUCAACUUAGGUCAACUGAUUAGUCCUCUGAGCUAAAAUGGUGGACUUUUAUGCAAUGUUUUUGACCUGAUGUUGUAGCUCAUAGAUAACACAAUUGAUGAAUAAAACAAAUUUAAAAUGAUCUUUUUUGGUCUGAACACAAUUCUUAUAAAACUUAUGACAGACUACAUUCACGUUCAAGAGUAAAAAAAUGUUUUUUUUGGUAAUAAAUGUCUAACCCCUUCACCCAUGUGCUUCUAACCUUCAAUGACUCCAUGAAUUGAUGUCCAUCUCGUAAAUAUUUAGUCACAUGAUCAAUUUCUUUCACCAUUUCCAAGCAACAGGGGGUGGCUCAACUUACCCCACUCUCCCUUAAGAACUGAGGGGCCCUGAAACUAACUUUGUGGGUCCUGCCAGCAACAAUUUAUUCACGCACACAGGUGUGAUACAAUGUUGUUCUCAACUUCCUCAGUCAGCUAAAGGGUCCAAAUAAAUUUCUACCUGCAUUAAGUUAGCGUUAUGUUACAGUUUCCUGAAAAUGAGUCAUUUACGGUUUCACUGGGGCUGUGUUUGGGGUUCUAGUUCAGCCUCAUAAACAGAGGCUGUAGCCCUCACCGUGGCAACAACAGGUGUUAUGACGACCUGCCAUCCCCAACCCUCUUCUGUCUCUUUUUAAAACAAAACACAGAAAAACGGAACUCUGACAUCCUCAAAGAGAAUUGUCACUGUUUGAAUUCCUAGCAUCAUUCCUAUAAAUUCAAAGCAUCAUCUCAAACAAUCAGUCUCAUUUAAGACCUACCAACAGUCAACAUCUGAGAAUAGAGGCUUAGACAAAACCAUCAAAAUGAGCGACAGAGGCAUGCUGCCCUGCUCCCUUUUUAACGAAAUUCGUCUGGAUGGGGCCCUUUGUGACGCAGUCGUCAGAGUUCAGCAUGUGGAGUUUAAUAUCCACAAAAUUCUUCUCUGUGGUUGUAGUAACUACUUUCGGUAAGUUCACUCUCUGAUUUCAAAUGUCACCUGGAAAAAGGAAUAUUUAAAACUAUACAAAAUUAACUUAAAAAGAGAACCAAUGAUGCACGUUUCCUGUCUGUCUGAGUACAGUCACAUGUCUGCUUUGGUAAAAGUUUUUGUGUAGAAAUAAAAAAGUUAACUUUUAUGAUGUUGACACAAAAUAAAAUUUUGGGGUGUGUUGAUUGGUUUGAAAAUAGUAAUUUCAAUGAUAUUACUCAUAAAGCUGAAUUUGACUCCAUGCUGGUGACCUAAUUCAAAAGCACAGCACUUUUAAUUAUUUAACACACAAAAGACCAUGCCUGAAAUUAAUUGUGGCAGCUGAUGAACUGUUUAGAAAAGACUUUGGGAAGCAAAACUAGAACUGCAUAUAUUUUUAGUCAAAAUUGUGGUUUUUUUUCAUUUAUAUUGUAAGUCAGGGUGUACAAAGAGCAAUGCGUAAAAUGAGCAUUUAAUUCAUUGUUUCUUUUUCAUAAGUUAUAGUUAAGUAAGUUGAUUUCUUACAUGCAUACUGCAAAAUAAAGUGAACUAUAAAGGGUAGUAUAGAGGUUGUACAUAAAAACACAGGGUUGCAUUGUAUCCUGAUACUCAGUGUGGGCUUCAGAGUACUUAUGUACUUUAGAUUGAUAUUUGCCCUGCAGUGUCAUGCAUUUGAAAACCCUCCAUGUUAUUUGGUCGGUUGUGUUUUUCAUCUGUUUUAAAAUGUCCCACAGAGCCCUCUUCACAAACUGGUCUGCCUCUGACCAAAGAGUGUUCGACAUACCUGGCCUUUCUCCUGAUAUGAUGCAGCUCAUUAUUGAGUUUGCCUACACUGGCUCAGUGUGUGUGACCAGUGACAAUGUCCAGGAGCUUUUGGUCGCUGCCGAUCAGUUCAACAUCAUGGAUAUUGUGAAGGCCUGCUGUGGCUUCCUGGAAAAAGAGCUUUCUCCAGAGAACUGCAUCGGCAUCUGGCAGCUCACCAAAAUCAUCCUCUGCUAUGGACUGCAGGAGAAGGCUUAUUGCUACAUCACUGAUCACUUUGAGGAGGUAGCUUCCCACGAGGAGUUCCUGGAGCUGUCUCUGCAGGAGCUUGCAGACUUCCUGGAGAAAGACGAACUCAAUGUAAAAAAUGAGAAGACCACGUUUGAGUUUGUUGUUCACUGGAUCAACCACAGACGGGGAGAACGGGAAGAGCACAUCAGUGUACUUUUGUCAAAGGUAAGUAGGCCUUGGGGGGUUCCCAUAACCACACGGAAUGAAAAAACUACUACCAUUGCAUUUUGGUGGUUGUAAUUAUGAGCAAAAGAAUUUGUUUUUGAGGGAAAAACUGAACAAAUGAUGGAUCAUAAUUAUGCAUCACAAGGGCUUCUUGUCCUUGAAAGCCACCAUCACUUCACCAAUGGACGGGGUGAGCAAGGGAGCAUUUAAAUCCAGAAUCUGAUGGCUAGGUACCAUUAAAGACUAAACACUGUACCCAGGCCCGGAUUAAACCUUCUAUAUAGCAAGCAUUAUAAAUAAAAGUGCAAGGCAUGAUAUGAAGGCCUGUUAUGGUUAUACAAUUUGUUUUGUUUAAAGGAUUGCUACACUGAGAUUUGAGAAUUUUAUUAUUUUAUAUUUGUUCUACAUUUGUCUGCAUUUGUGUUUUGAUCUUUCUUUUCAUAUUCUGUAGGGACUGAUAAAUGUCAGAGGUUUUGACACUGUGAUACUUGAAUAAAUGUUUUAUACCAUAUUUUGAAUUAAUUCAGACCUUUUGUGCAUUUAUUUUUGUCUUGUUACAUUUUUCCAUUAUUCCAAUUUUGGGAAUUUGACUGACUUUCAGCCAUUUAUGGCCAUGAUGUGCUGUUUAUAUUUCAUUGCUUUUAUUACACAGUAGGUUGUGUCAUUUUUAUGUAUGAAACAUAAGCUUUUAGCUAAAUUUACUGUAUAUAUUUCAUUGUGCUGGGUGCAAAUCACUUGAGUUGAGACGUUUUCUUCAAGAAAUUUGCUACAUUUCAUAAUCUGAAUUCACUUAUGCAUAUACUAAGGCACCAAUAACUGUUUCAGAUGUUAGGUAGAUGUAUUUAUGACAUCUGAGAAAGAUUUUGUCUUGUCAGAAUCAACAUAGCAGUUUCUACAAGCAAAAACAGCAGCACCAUAUAAUCGUUUUUUGUGUUACUCACAUAUAUGUACAUUUCUGGCUGGUCUUUUGUCUCACCCUGUAGAGAAAGCCACUUUCUAAUACUAGUUCUGUAAGUUUCCCAACGUGGCCUUGUAAAGUGGAGAACGUCUUCACUCUGGACAGAUGAUAGAUGCAUAUAGCAUCGUUUUCGUUCCUUUUUGAUGCACUUUUGAAGGCUGUUUUCUUUUUUUCCUUUUAAUUUCUUCCUCUUCGUUUGUCUCGCUGCUAGAUGCGCUCGUCGCCAUGUUUGUGUAUUUCUGAUACUAUGGCAACGAGACUCGGCUCCUAUUGGUCCACGUGACAAAAAUCGCUUCACCCCUCUGCAUAUUCGAUUGCGCGUGUGCAAGUAUCACUGCGCCGCAGAAAGGAAAUAGUUCGACACCGAAACACUGAUUACUAAAAAUCGACGGGAUGGCAUGAGUAGAAAUUUUUUUUAGUACUCACUAUCAAGGAGCUUGAGACGUGGCUAUCGGCAGUAGACAAGUCUGGCUUACCCGGCAGGUUUAAGGCGUGGAUUUACCAGCAUGGCGUCUUACCCCGAGUACUCUGGCCUCUGUUGGUGUACGAGGUGCCCCUGUCGACUGUAGAGACUCUGGAGAGAAAGAUCAGCGGAUACCUCCGUAGAUGGAUGGGCUUCCCACGCAGCCUAUCCAGUGCAGCACUGUAUGGAAAGACCAACAAACUCCAGCUCCCUUUCAGUAGCCUAGAGGAGGAGUUCAGGGUCUCUCGCACAAGAGAGGCUUUGCUCUAUCGGGACUCCAAGGACUCCAAGGUAGCAUCAGCGGGCAUCGUGGUGCGAACUGGCAGGAAGUGGAGGGCUCAAGAUGGUCUGGAGGUAGCCGAGUCUCGGCUGAGACACAGGGCUCUGGUGGGCUCGGUGGCAACGGGUCGAGCUGGGCUGGGAGUGUUCCCUCAACCGCGCUACGAGAAGGCACAUGGCAAGGACAAACGACAGCUAGUCCUGAGGGAGGUGCGGAUAGGGGUCGAGGAGGAACGGACCAGCAGGAUGGUGGGCAUGCAGCAGCAGGGAGCAUGGACAAGGUGGGAGGGUGCGCUGGAGAGGAAGGUGACCUGGUCUGAGAUCUGGCAGGCAGAACCGCAGCGCAUAGGGUUCAUGGUUCGUGCUGUCUACGAUGUCCUGCCCAGCCCAGCCAAUCUCCAUCUCUGGGGUCUGGGCGACUCUCCAGCCUGUGCCCUGUGCUCCAGGAAAGGCUCUCUGGAGCACAUCCUAAGCAGCUGUUCGAUAGCCCUUGGGGAGGGUCGUUACCGCUGGCGGCACGACCAGGUGCUGAAGUCUGUUGCUGUAACUAUCUCCAAAGCUGUGGCCAAAAACAACAGCCGCAAGCAACAACCUGGCAACAGGAACAUCGCCUUUGUCAGGGCUGGAGAGCAGCCACAGUCACAGCCCAAACCAGCAGCUGGCCUCCUCACCUCAGCGGUGGACUGGGAUCUCAGAGUUGACCUUGGCAAGCAGCUCAAGUUUCCAGACCAGAUCACAACAACUUCCCUGAGGCCAGACAUCGUGCUAUCAUCAGUCUCUUCAAAGCAGGUGCUCCUGUUAGAGCUGACAGUUCCCUGGGAGGAUCGCAUAGAGGAGGCAAACGAGCGGAAGCGGUCAAAGUACCAGGAGCUGGUCGAGCAAUGCCAAAGAGGAGGGUGGAAGGCACGGUGUGAACCCAUUGAAGUGGGGUGCAGGGGCUUUGCUGGCCGCUCAUUGUGCAAGGUUUAUUCGCUACUUGGCAUCACCGGGGCUGCAAAAAGGUCAGCCAUCAAGUCCACCAUGGAGGCGGCAGAGAGAGCCUCCAGGUGGCUGUGGAUCAGGAGGAGCGAACUGUGGGCCAUUGCUACUGGGACACAAGCCAGGGUCUGAUCAACCCUAGGCUGGGUCACCUGAGGGAGGACGUAUGAUGUUGAAAGACCCGAAACGUCCGAUGAACUCAGGAACAUCACUGAUGAUGUGUCCCAGCUGCAUCUCAUGAUGUAUCUUCAAUCAUUCGAAUCUGGCUUAGCCAGUGACACCCAGGAACAGGCUGGGCGACGACCAGGAACAGGCUGGUGACGAUUGGAGAGACAAUUGACAGCCCGGAAAGACGGCAACCGGGGCAGGAAGGGGUAGCAUCCCAACUUGUUUCUUCCGUGAGGGAGAACCCUACCAAGCUACAGAACGACCUACUGAGAAAUACCCCCAGGGGAACCCGAGAGGGGGGGAGGAUGAGUUCCCCAACAGAACGGACACAACGUUGACGACUUUGGCAAACGGCUUAUCGACGACGACAAUCGCAAGAUGCAAAUGUGGCAAGGUUUGCAAGAACGCGCUCGGCCUAAAAAUCCAUCAAGGCCGAAUGAAAUGCUUGGUCCAGGAGAGUGCAACACAGCACACAGGACGUAGUCCUGGUGAGACGACGGAGGAGCCCGGCCGGGAGACACCCCACAGAGCCCAGAACCUCCAAGUGCCUAGCUCUCCAGCUCAUAGCAGAGUAGUUCAACAGCGUCGUAUCAAGUGGCCUCCAGCAAACCAACACAAAGUGUGGCACCAGUUCGAUGAGGAUGUCACCACAAUCAUCGAAUCAACAGCAAAGGGGGAUGUUGACAGACGACUUCAGACCAUGACCACCAUCAUUGUCACCUAUGGAACGGAGAGGUACGGUGUGGAAGAGUGCAAAUCCACCAGACCCAACUACACCUUGAACCGUAGAGCAGAAAUGAUCCAUCAACUGCGGCAGGAGCUCCGGUCCCUGGCAAGACAGUACAAGGCAGCAACUGAGGAGGAGAAACCACCACUGGCAGAGCUCAGAAACAUCAUCAGGAAGAAACUCACAACCCUGCGCAGAGCUGAAUGGCACAGGAGACGCAGGAGAGAGAGAGCCAGGAAGCGAACUGCUUUCAUAGCGGAUCCAUUUGGAUUCACCAAACAGCUUUUGGGGCAGAAGCGCAGUGGGCGUCUAGCCUGCUCCAAGGAGGAGGUAGACCACUUCCUGGAAAGCAACCUGAGCGACCCUGACAGAGAGCAAGCCCUAGGGCCCCUCAGUGCCUUAUUGGACAUACCAUCUCCCACUGUCGACUUCAACAUCUGCGAGCCCACCUGGAAGGAAAUCCAGGAGGUGGUCGCUGCUGCCAGAGCCAGAUCAGCUCCAGGACCCAGUGGCGUUCCUUACAAGGUGUACAAGCGCUGCCCUGGGCUCCUUAGAAUCCUCUGGAAGAUCCUGCGUGUGAUCUGGCGCAGAGGAGCUGUGGCGGAUCAGUGGAGGCAGGCGGAGGGUGUCUGGAUACCCAAGGAAGAGAAUUCCACCAAGCUGGAGCAAUUCAGAACCAUCUCGCUUCUCAGCGACGAGGGGAAGAUUUUCUUCAGCAUCCUCUCCAGAAGGUUGACAGACUUUCUCCUAAAGAAUGCCUACAUUGACACCUCUGUCCAGAAAGGUGGUAUCCCCGGUGUGCCAGGAUGCCUAGAACACACUGGAGUUGUCACCCAGCUGAUCAGGGAGGCACGGGAGGGCAAGGGAGACCUCGUCGUGCUCUGGCUGGACCUGGCCAAUGCCUUCGGCUCCAUACCCCACAAGCUCGUUGAGACUACCCUAGACCGUCACCAUGUACCCAGGAAGAUCAAGGACCUCAUCCUGAAUUACUACGGGAACUUCAGGCUCAGAGUCACUUCUGGGAGCACAACAUCUGACUGGCACAGGCUCGAAAAGGGCAUUAUAACUGGGUGCACCAUCUCGGUUGGCCUCUUUGCCCUGGCCAUGAAUAUGGUAGUCAAGGCAGCUGAAAGGGAGUGCAGAGGUCCUCUGUCCAAGUCUGGCAUUCGACAACCACCCAUCAGAGCCUUUAUGGACGAUCUCACCGUCACCAUAACAUCUGUGCCUGGUGGAAGAUGGAUACUCCAGGGCCUGGAAAAGCUCAUAUCCUGGGCAAGAAUGAGCUUCAAACCAACUAAAUCCAGGUCGAUGGUGUUGAAGAAGGGAAAAGUGGCAGACAAGUUUCGCUUCCUCGUGGAUGGCACGGCAAUCCCAUCUAUCACCGAGAAACCAGUCAAGAGCCUGGGCAAGAUUUUUGACUGUAGUCUCAGGGAUUCUGCAUCAAUCCAGAUCACCAUCAAGGAGCUUGAGACGUGGCUAUCGGCAGUAGACAAGUCUGGCUUACCCGGCAGGUUUAAGGCGUGGAUUUACCAGCAUGGCGUCUUACCCCGAGUACUCUGGCCUCUGUUGGUGUACGAGGUGCCCCUGUCGACUGUAGAGACUCUGGAGAGGAAGAUCAGCGGAUACCUCUGUAGAUGGAUGGGCUUCCCACGCAGCCUAUCCAGUGCAGCACUGUAUGGAAAGACCAACAAACUCCAGCUCCCUUUCAGUAGCCUAGAGGAGGAGUUCAGGGUCUCUCGCACAAGAGAGGCUUUGCUCUAUCGGGACUCCAAGGACUCCAAGGUAGCAUCAGCGGGCAUCGUGGUGCGAACUGGCAGGAAGUGGAGGGCUCAAGAUGGUCUGGAGGUAGCCGAGUCUCGGCUGAGACACAGGGCUCUGGUGGGCUCGGUGGCAACGGGUCGAGCUGGGCUGGGAGUGUUCCCUCAACUGCGCUACGAGAAGGCACAUGGCAAGGACAAACGACAGCUAGUCCUGAGGGAGGUGCGGAUAGGGGUCGAGGAGGAACGGACCAGCAGGAUGGUGGGCAUGCAGCAGCAGGGAGCAUGGACAAGGUGGGAGGGUGCGCUGGAGAGGAAGGUGACCUGGUCUGAGAUCUGGCAGGCAGAACCGCAGCGCAUAGGGUUCAUGGUUCGUGCUGUCUACGAUGUCCUGCCCAGCCCAGCCAAUCUCCAUCUCUGGGGUCUGGGCGACUCUCCCAGCCUGUGCCCUGUGCUCCAGGAAAGGCUCUCUGGAGCACAUCCUAAGCAGCUGUUCGAUAGCCCUUGGGGAGGGUCGUUACCGCUGGCGGCACGACCAGGUGCUGAAGUCUGUUGCUGUAACUAUCUCCAAAGCUGUGGCCAAAAACAACAGCCGCAAGCAACAACCUGGCAACAGGAACAUCGCCUUUGUCAGGGCUGGAGAGCAGCCACAGUCACAGCCCAAACCAGCAGCUGGCCUCCUCACCUCAGCGGUGGACUGGGAUCUCAGAGUUGACCUUGGCAAGCAGCUCAAGUUUCCAGACCAGAUCACAACAACUUCCCUGAGGCCAGACAUCGUGCUAUCAUCAGUCUCUUCAAAGCAGGUGCUCCUGUUAGAGCUGACAGUUCCCUGGGAGGAUCGCAUAGAGGAGGCAAACGAGCGGAAGCGGUCAAAGUACCAGGAGCUGGUCGAGCAAUGCCAAAGAGGAGGGUGGAAGGCACGGUGUGAACCCAUUGAAGUGGGGUGCAGGGGCUUUGCUGGCCGCUCAUUGUGCAAGGUUUAUUCGCUACUUGGCAUCACCGGGGCUGCAAAAAGGUCAGCCAUCAAGUCCACCAUGGAGGCGGCAGAGAGAGCCUCCAGGUGGCUGUGGAUCAGGAGGAGCGAACUGUGGGCCAUUGCUACUGGGACACAAGCCAGGGUCUGAUCAACCCUAGGCUGGGUCACCUGAGGGAGGACGUAUGAUGUUGAAAGACCCGAAACGUCCGAUGAACUCAGGAACAUCACUGAUGAUGUGUCCCAGCUGCAUCUCAUGAUGUAUCUUCAAUCAAUAUAGCUGUUUUAUGAAUCAUAGUUUAUGUUGCCCCACUGAAGUGAAACGAGAUUCACUUUCUAGGCACUUUUUCCUCUGUCCCAAUACAGCCUAAUCCUUUUUUUUUUUUUUUUUUUUUUUUUUUUUUUAUUAUUGAACAAGACAGACAGUACAACCAACGAGAGACACAUCACAACAAUAACGACAAAAACAGAAAACAAAACACAACCAUACAACAGCCAGAGGACUUACAGUUCAAUGGUACAGAAUUUCUUCAUUAUGGAGUAAGUUUUGGUAGCUUUCUUGUUCGUAAUGUCCUUGAUCGUGGCUGCAUAACGGAGCAGUUCAUUUUUGAAGGGUGCAAUGUUUGGCUUGGAUUUGGCCCAUUUGUUUUUGUGAUAUGGAAUUUCCCCAAGCUCAGCCUAAUCCUCCUCACACCGGGCGCAGCUCACCAGCGUCAUAGCGGCCUCUGCUCGGGCUGAGUGGCCCCCCAUAGCCAAACGCCCUGAGGCUUCAGCCUCACUAUGCCUCAUGGUUAAUCCGGCUCUGACUGUACCCUAAAAGUCCAGCAGGUAUUGUGGCAUUUUUACAGCAGUUAAAUUAGCCCAGAAACAAAUCUGCAGGUUUGUGUUUUAUGUUUGUGGCAGCUCUACCCGGCCUCUAUCAUUCCCUGGCCUCAGAUUUCCUGAAUCAAGUCAGGACAGCCACAACCUUAUCUAACAUGGAGAAGGUGUUAGCACCUUUGAGACUCUGGGUACAUCUCAAGUUUCUUCUUUGAAGUUUUAGAGGCUGUCCCAGACCUGCCAAUUCGCAGACUAUCCCACAGCUCUUUUUUUUUUUUUUAAAGAAAUCUCUUCCUGAUUUCUCUCCAGGCAUCCUUUAUGAAGAUAUACUUGCUUUUUUAGCUUUGCAUACACAACUGACUGCAUUAUGAACUUAACUGUGCAUUAAUUGACACUUAGCAUUGCACUCAGCAUGUUAAAGCAGGAUAUGUUAGAGGGCACAGCAGAGCUCAGGUUGUAUGCAACUAUCAGAUUCAGGGAUGUAAGAAUGACAUAGCAGAAGUCACAGAGGAAGUCACUGUUAAUAUAUUUUUAAACAUAAAUUGAACCGAUCUCUUAUCCAGCUGUUUUGACUGGGAUGUUAGCGACACAUUGCGCAGAUUUGGAGACGUGAUAUUCAAGUCGCUCUGAAACAUGUCCUGUCACUGUUGUUCCUCCUGCUGUGUUGACUGUCACAUCUCUAUAUCUACACUGCUCCUCCUCAUUUAUGUGCAUACUUCCUCUCCAGCCUGUGUCCUGUAAUUUUUUUUAAGAAUGUGCAAAGUCGACAUGGUGAUCAGACACAGAAAUAAUGUCAGAUAUCGUAAACCAACUAUCAAACACAGCCACUGUGGCAGCCAUGGAUGUGGAACAAAUGAAAUCUGCUCCUGCAUCUGUAUUAGAAAGUGUUUCAUGCUGCAUAUAAAAUGGAAAACAUAUACUGUAGGUUCCUAAGUCAUGUGCACUCAAACAUCCAAAUCCAAGGUAAUGUGAGAUCAAUCCCUCAUCUUUUAGAAAUCACAUUUCAGUUGACAAUUUCUCAUUUUGUCUGUGUAGGUCCGUCUGUCUUUGACGAGUGAGGAGUACAUCAUCAGCUGUGUCAUGUCCAAUGAGCUAGUGAGAAACAACGCUCACUGCAUGCAGGAGCUUCGUGGCUUGGCACAAAUCACUGAGAGUGGACCCCCUGAUGUCUUUAACCCCUAUUCCUGCCCUCGCCUGCCUCCCGCCAUCCUGUUGGCUAUAGGGGGCUGGAGCGGUGGUAAUCCGACCAAUGGAAUCGAGGCGUACGAUGUCCGAGCCAACCACUGGCACAAUUUUACAGACAAUUCAGAGCAUCCUCGAGCCUAUCAUGGCAUAGCCUACCUCAAUGGAAGUGUCUACUGUGUCGGUGGAUUUGACCGGUUGGAGCAUUUCAACAGCGUUCGCCGGUUGGACUUGAGCACAUAUACCUGGCAUGAAGUAGCGCCGAUGUACUGCCGAAGGUGCUAUGUUAGUGUUACUGUGCUGGAUGGGUGGAUCUAUGCCUUAGGAGGGUUUGAUGUUCAUACACGACUCAAUACUGCUGAGCGUUACAGGCCAGAGACCAACCAGUGGAGUAUGAUUCCACCCAUGAAUGAGCGGAGGAGCGAUGCUGAUUGCACGACACUGAAUAACAAGGUGGGUGAGACAGAAGAGCACUGAUGAUUUGAUUUGCUGUAUCUACUUAAAAAAAGAUUUGAUUCAGUCAAACUUGCAGCACUUUAAGAAGGACAGGUGUAAGGAAACUGAAUGAGGUCAAAAUCCCUGAUUAGUUUUUUGACCUUUCAAAUGUGUGUUUAAAAGCCCCCUGUGAGGAUUUUUCAGCUGGUGAUAAAAACAGACUGAAAUUAAUAUUGGUGUCUCUCUAUGACCUACAAAUGCAAACUAAACCAUCAGGGGAAAAAGCUGAUGAUUUAUUUGUUCUCAUAAUUAAUGCCUGAUACCAGUGAUGCAGGUUAGGACAAGACAAGGUCUCAUCUGUGUUGUGCUCGUUAAGAUUGGUUUGUGUGUGUCUUGAUAUUGGGAACAAAGUUAUCUAAAAAAGGAAAAACUAUCCUGUUCUACCCAGGUUUACGUAUGUGGAGGCUUCAAUGGGCUGGACUGCCUGCAAACAUGUGAAUACUACUGCCCAGAAACUAACCAGUGGACAGUGAUCAGCCCCAUGAACAACCCGCGCAGUGGGAUUGGCGUCGUGGCAUACUCAGGCUACAUCUAUGCUGUAAGUCCAUUCAGUCACUGAUAGUUUGUUCAAAAGCAAUAAAACAAACUAGAUGUUAAAAUCAACAAACUGACAUAGGUUUUCCCAGCUGCUUUGUCAUUUAUAAGUACUAAAUAGUUAUUUUGGUAACACUUUACAAUAACCAUAAUUUAUAAAUGGUAAAUAGAUAGUCUAUUAAUGUUUUAUCAUCAUUUAGAAACAGCAUAUAGACCAAUUAGAAAUGGCAAAUAGUUUGUUAAUGUAAGUUAUAUAGUUACUUUAUCAUUAACAAGCAAUGAAAUUAUGAUUAAGAAUUUUCAUUACUUAUUGAUAGACUAUUUAUUAAAGGUUUAUAUAGGGUUUAAAUAUUGGUUGUAAAACAUCUAGAUUAAAAUGUGUGUCAGUAGCACUUUGUUAAUGGUUAAUAUUUGGUUUAAAACCAAAUAUAAACAUGACUUAGACGGUUAUUGUAAAGUUGCAACUGAUGUUUGUAAUACAUUGUAAAUGAUGAAUAAGUGGUUUUUAAACCACCUAUAAACAUUACUUAGAUGGUUAUUGUAAAGUCAGGGUUAGUGUUAGGAUUUUAAGAAUGUAAAAUUUACAAUUUAUUAAUGGUCUAUAUGCUAUUUAUAAAUGAUGAUAAAACAUUAAUAAACUAUCUGCUCACUAUAUAAAUGGUCUAUUUACCAUUUAUACGUUAUGGUUAUUGUUAAGUGUUACCGUUGUAUUUCUUCAGAUUUAGAAACUAUAAUUGUGAAAUGUGGGGAAAUCGGGUUCAGUCCAGUUUCACUGAUUCUCCAACUUUACCGUUUUAGGUUGGUGGCUUUGAUGGCAAUGCCCGUCUGCGCAGUGCAGAGGCUUACAACCCCCAGACCAACGCCUGGAACGACAUACUCUCCAUGCAAAACCCUCGCAGCAACUUUGGAAUUGAAGUGCUCGAUGAUUGCCUCUUUGUUGUUGGGGGCUUCAACGGCUUCACCACCACAUUUAAUGUCGAAUACUACGACGCCAUAAACAGUACUUGGACUGAGGCUGCCGACAUGGAGAUUUUCCGCAGUGCUGUCAGCUGCUGCGUGGUGUCCGGGGUCAACAGGGACAGAUUCAUUAUCCCUCGAGACAACCUGCUACAUGCCGUGGAGACUGAGUCUGCUGAUUCAGGAGAGUCCUCCUAA